AGAAAGAGAGAGAGAAGGAGACAUUGACACUUUGGCAGAACAAGAGCAUUAAUUAUCAUCACCACCUAAAAUGAGUUCUUCAGGGCAGAGCAGCAGCUGCGAUCUGUCCUUCAAGAUCUUGCUGAUCGGAGACUCUGCUGUCGGCAAAAGUAGUCUUCUUGUUAGCUUCAUCUCCAACUCGGUUGACGAUCUUGCUCCCACCAUUGGUGUGGAUUUUAAAAUUAAGUUGCUCAAUGUGGGUGGGAAGAGAAUUAAGAUGACAAUUUGGGACACAGACACAUUGUCUAUUGCAGCCGGACAGGAGAGGUUCAGAACAUUAACAAGCUCUUACUAUAGAAGUGCCCAAGGGAUCAUUCUGGUGUAUGACGUGACUAGGAGAAACACCUUUACCAACUUAUCAGAUGUAUGGGCUAAAGAAGUGGAACUGUACUCAACCAAUCAGGACUGUGUGAAGGUGCUUGUUGGGAAUAAAGUUGAUAGAGAAUCUGAGAGGGCUGUGAGUAGAGAAGAGGGCAUCGCUCUUGCAAAAGAUAUUGGAUGCAUGUUUCUUGAAUGCAGCGCUAAGACGAGAGAAAAUGUGGAGCAUUGCUUCCAGGAGCUAGCAUUAAAGAUAAUGGAGAUCCCUAGUCUGUUAGAAGAGGGUUCUACUGUAGCAAAGAGAAACAUUUUAAAGCAGAAACAAGAAAAUCAAGCGCCUCCUAGUUGUUGCUCAUAAAAUGCAGCAGUGGGCACUAAUAUUGAAGCUUGACUUGCACAUCAUGUAUAUGUAUAUUUCCAUUAUUUUCCUAUCUUACUGCUUUACUGCUCGUCUUGUUAUUGAGUUUGCAUAUCAUCAUAACAACAGGAUGGAUAAAUGGACACAUAAUUGAGAUCUGUAUUAGCUUAUGUAGAUUGCUUUCCUUGUUCCUUAGUAAUGUUUAAAAUAGAAAUGGCUGUAUUUUAUUUUUAGAUAUAAGCUUUCUUUUAUUUUGACUGUGGAAUGAAGUAAAAAAGAA